AUGACCUCAUCUUCGUCCUCUGCACUUCCCUUCUUCAUCCUCGUCGUGGUUUACGCCGCCACGGGCGCGCUCGCGGCCACAUUCGAGGUAGGGGACAACCAGAUAUGGAGCAUCCCAUCCAGUCCCAGCUACUACACCGACUGGGCCAGCAGGCAGACAUUCGCUGUCGGCGAUUCUCUCGGUAGGCAGCAUCUUCAGUCUCUCCGUUCCUUCAUUCCUCUCAGCUUCUUAGCAUCAUCUCAAUCUCUAAUAGUGCGCCCCAGAGCACUCUAAUCAAACUCCCUGAUCCUGCCCCUCUGCAGUUUUCAACUUCAACAACGGUGCCCACGACGUGCUCGAGGUGACGAGGGCGAACUACGACGACUGCACUACGUCCAACCCCAUCGCCACGUACACCACCGGCCCGGCCACCGUGGAACUCACUGCAGCGGGCACCAGAUACUUCAUCUGCGGCGUCAAUGGUCACUGUAGUGCAGGCCAGAAGAUGACUCUCACAGUAGCGGCGGCCUCCACCCCUUCGGCCACCCCGCCAUCCCCGACCUCCUCCGGAGCACCAACACCGCCCACAACUGUUGCUAGCCCUCCAACGUCCUCCACCCCCGGACCUUCUGGUUCGGCACCCGGAGUUCCCGGGGCGGCGCCCUCUGCAACCCUCGGAACAGCCGCGGUCGCUGCCACCUUUGCGUUGACAACAAUCGCAGCCGCUCUGAUGUUGUAG